AUGAAAGGAUGGACCUCGCCCUUUGCGCAACAAUCCAGCUUUCAGGGCCAGGGGCGCAAGCUCGGCGGCGGGGAAGGCUCGUCCGGCGGAGCGGGGGGAACGCGCCCGCUAGGCGUUCCGCGCACGGGCGCAGCGGCGGGGCGGGCGCUGCAUGAGACGGCGGAGCGGCAGGAGCAGCUGCAGAAGCAGCAGAAGGAGGAGUGGCGGCAGCAGAUGCACCAGCGGUGGGCGGGGGCGGGAGCGGGACCGCCGACGGCGCAAGAGCAGGGUCCGGGUAAGGCGCAGCAGGCGCGGGAGCAGCAGCAGCCGCAGCAGCUGCGCUCCACAGGAUUUGCAGGGGGAGGUGGCUCGGUGCAUCACGCUGCUGCUGUUGUGCUCUCUGCCAGCCCGCCAGGAGCCACUCUCGACAUCCUCACGCGCAUCCUGCGUAACAUUGUAACCGAUCCUGGUAACCCGAAGUUCAAGCGCAUUCGCCUGGGCAACCCGCGGAUUGCGGAUACGGUUGGCAAGGCAGCAGGGGCAAUGGAUCUGCUGCGGUCCGUGGGGUUUGAGAUGGUGGACGAGGCGGUGGAAGGCGGUGCAGCAGGGGGGAGUGCGGUGGCAGGUGGUGUGGAGCGGUGGGCAGUGAUGACGGAUGUGAGGCUGGAGCUGGUGAGUGAGGCGGUGGCGGUGCUCUCGGCCGUGGGAGGGCAGAGUAGUGCUCCUGCUGCUCCUGCUGCUGCUACGGCUGUCGGUUCUGGAGCUGGUGUUGCGGGAGGGAGUGCCGGUGCUACUCCUGCUGCUGCUGCACCAGUCUCUGCGGCGUCAGCGGAGGGCGGGGAGCAGGAGGCAAUGGCACCCAUGCCCAGGAUUGACCGGCAGGUGCGGGUGUUCCUAUCCACAGAGGAGAACAAGGCGGCGCGCAUCGAGGUUCCAGACUCCUUCUUCGACCGCACGGCAGAGGACGUGCGGCAGGAGGCCAUGGCGCGGCGCCGCGCACAGGAGGGCGCGCAGCUGCUCAUGACGCGCGCCAUGCGCGAGAGGCAGGCCGCUGCUCUCAAGCGCCGGUACCGUGCGGCCAUUGUGCGCGUCAUGUUCCCCGAUGGGCUCGUGCUGCAGGGCGUGUUUCGGCCCAGUGAACCCACUGCUGCGCUCUAUGAGGAUGCCUGGAUUUCGGGCGGGCGAAGGAGGGACGAUCUCGCGCGGUAA